GGCUCAGACGGGUUAGACACUGUAGGAAUAGGACAAUGGAGCGGCUGCUGCUGCUGUGCCUGAUUUCUUUAUCUGGAAUAGGCGGCUUAUUGGCUGAAGAUAAUGCAGAAGUGUCACAGAAUGCCCACACAGAAGACUACCCAACAACACUGCACUACACUAUAAAACAACACUAUGAAACAACUGAUACCACAACAGUAACAACCUCUACUUCUGAAGACUCUACGGCUGACACAUGGGAAGACCUACACCCUCAUGUAACAACGGCCUCUCCCACAAAUGACUAUGAAACAACAACUUCAAGUGACUGUGAUAACCUUGGCCCAAAUCAUAAGUUGGAUGAAGGGCCUGAUGAAAAGCCGGAGGAAGGGCCAGAUGAAAAGACGAAAGAAGGGCCCGAUGAAAAGUUGGAGAAAGGGCCUGAUGAAAAGCCAGAGGAAGGGCCCGAUGAAAAGUUGGAGAAAGGGCCUGAUGAAAACCUGGAGGAAGGGCCUGAUGAAAAGUUGGAGGAAGGGCCAGAUGAAAAGUUGGAGGAAGGGCCUGAUGAAAAGUUAGAGGAAGGGCCAGAUGAAAAGUUGGAGAAAGGGCCUGAUGAAAAGCCAGAGGAAGGGCCCGAUGAAAAGUUGGAGAAAGGGCCCGAUGAGAAGUUGGAGAAAGGGCCCGAUGAAAAGUUGGAGAAAGGGCCCGAUGAAAAGUUGGAGGAAGGGUCCGAUGAAAAGUUGGAGGAAGGACCCCAUGAUAAGUUGGAGGAAGGACCCCAUGAUAAGUUGGAGGAAGGGCUCCAUGAUAAGUUGGAGAAAGGGCCCCAUGAUAAGUUGGAGAAAGGGCCCCAUGAUAAGUUGGAGAAAGGGCCCCAUGAUAAGUUGGAGAAAGGGCCCCAUGAUAAGUUGGAUUCAGGAGCAGAUGAGGAGCACCCAAGUGAAGUUGACAAUCCUUAUAAACCUCUGCUGGAUGAUGAUGACAAUGAAGUAGAACAGGAAUGCUGUGAUGAAAAUGUGUCACAGGAAGAGAUGCGCAAAUUUUCUCAAUCGAUUACAUCCUUCAGCAUUGAUCUGUUGAAAGAAAUUGAUCCAGAAUCCAAAAAGCCCAGUGUUGUCAUGUCACCAUUUAGCAUUGCUUUAGGGCUGCUCCAGCUGUCACUAGGUUCUGGGAAAGAGAUGGAGGAGAAGUUGAUGAAGACACUCCAUGUGGAGUCAUUGCACUGUCUUCACAACAAGCUUAAAACUGUCAGAAAGGAGCUCACAAAAUCUAUCCUGAGAACUGCUACCCGCAUAUAUCUAAAGAAAGGUUUUAAAAUAAAAAAAUCUUUUUUAAAAAGAUCUGAGAAGUGGUAUGGAUCAAAGCCUUUGAAUCUGGCCAACACCAAAAAACAGAAUCUGGAUUCCAUAAACAAAUGGGUCAAGGAUGUUACAGAAGGGCAGAUCCCACAGUUUCUCUCUGAUCUCCCACAAAACGUUGCGUUAAUCCUGCUGAAUGCGAUGCAUUUUAAAGGAAUUUGGAAAAAUACAUUUGAUCCCAGUUUAACAUCUGAGGACACUUUUUAUAUCAAUGAUGACGACGGUAUUCAAGUGGAGAUGAUGAACGCUCCGAAAUAUCCUUUCAGCUGGUUGCACUUGGAGGCCAUUGAGGGUCACGUAGCUAAAUUGCAAUUCAAAGGAAAUAUGAGUUUUGUUAUCCUAAUGCCUUUCAGUUCAACCUGGGACCUCUCAAAACUUCUGGCCAAUUUUAAUCAAACUGACCUCUACAGUCGAUUCUCUAAGGAGAAGGUCUCUAAUUUGAAAAUGCCUAAACUAAACUUGGACUAUAAACUGGAGCUUAACGAGGCUCUCACAAACCUUGGACUUGGGCAGCUAUUUACUAAUCCAGAUUUAAGUGGAAUAAGCGAUGAGCCAUUGUUUGUAUCCAGUAUCCAACACCAAUCAUGUCUAGAGCUGAAUGAGGAAGGGGUUGAAGCAUCCGCAGCCACAGCUGUGAUCACAUCUCGUUCACAUUCGAUUUACCGCAUCGAUCGUCCGUUCAUAUUCUUCCUCUUCGAGGACACCAUGGGUCUACCACUAUUUAUGGGGCAGGUCCGUGACCCUAGUUCAGGAUAUCAGAAGAAGACCAAUGCCAAAGACAAGAAAAACUUCAAUAAGGGCUUCUUGCCAAAAUAGGAAUUUGUACAUACAAAGAAUAUGGGACUCCAUCCUGCUCUGUGAAACUGAACAUUUAAACAGCCAUUUAUCAAGCUUUCAUAUUUCAUUUUUGUAUUUUUUGAUGAAUAAAAAAUAGAGAUGUAUACUCAGGGUUCUUCUAGUAUGUCUUUGCUUUUGCAACUGAAAGUUCUUGGAAGUGAAACGCUCAGGAGAGAAUCCAAAUAUUCUAUAUUUAAGAAGAACUCACUUGCUGUGUGCCUGUUUAUAGUGCCCAUAAGAGCUAUACCAGUACAGGACUUAGAUUGGCAAAAAAAAAAAAGUUCUAAUGUGUUUGUGUUUUCUUUUUUUUUUUUUUUUAAAUUUGAUGUAUUCUUUGUCUUCCUUACAUUGUGAUUAUUGAUAACCUGGUAUUUAUGGUUUUAUGUUUGUCCAAUCUGUGAGCUGCAUGGGAAAUGUUUUAAUCUGUUUUAUCUUUUUAAUAAAUUUUUAUUGUGACCAUCUUAA